AUGCAGCGAGCAUGCAGCAAUGCAGCAUCUGCUGAUUCCAUGAUGAGCUGUAAGACAGAACCAAACCUCUGUUUUCCUAGGCAAGCCCACUCCACUCUUUCAUUUUCUGGCCUCACUGAGAGUAGUACGGGAGAAUAUCAAGAUUGUGGAGCUUCUUCAAUGCUUCUCAUGGGAGAGCCUCCAUGGUGUCCCCCUUGUCCUGAAAGUUCCUUCCCUUCAACUAGCAGGAGUAGUGCUGUUUUGCGUUAUAAGGAAAAGAAAAAGGCGCGCAAAUUUGAGAAAAAAGUGAGGUAUGCCUCUCGCAAGGCUAGAGCUGAUGUAAGAAAGCGGGUGAAGGGACGCUUUGUCAAGGCUGGUGAUGUUUAUGACUACGACCCACUGA